AUGGCUUUAUUUAUUGGUGUUGGAUUCUCGGUUGAGCAGCCUCAAAUAACAAGUGAUAGCGGUCAUAUACGAAUAUGUACCUUGAAUGUAGGAAGAGUGGAUGAGAAUAAGUUGGUGCAACUAACCGAUGCAUUAAGAAAAAGGAAAGUGGACAUUGCUUGUAUACAAGAGACUAAAUGGAAGGGGGCGGAAACCACCGAGUGUAAUGGCUAUAAGUUGUGGUAUGCCAGCCUGGAGAACACUGUAAAUGGUGUAGGAGUCUUGCUAUCAAAGAAUCUUAUAGACAAUGUAGUACAAGUUAGAAGAUGUUUUGAUAGGAUUAUAUCGAUUAAGGUAGUGGUAGAGGAGGAGGUAGUGCACGUUAUCUCUGCGUACGCACCACAUCCCACAUUGGAAGAGUCAAAAAAGAUGAGUUUUUGGGAAUCAUUAGAUGAUAUAGUAAAAGGAAUACCUAUGAAUGAAUGUAUAUUCUUAGGGGGAGACUUCAAUGGACAUAUAGGAAAAGAGGCGGAUGGGUAUGAGACAGUGCACGGUGGUUUAGGACAUGGCACUAGGAACGAAGAGGGACACAGGCUACUAGGGUUUGCAACUGCACACGAUUUGGUGGUCUCAAACUCCUUUUUUAAAAAGAAGGAUGCGCAUUUAAUUACCUUUCAGACUGAGAGUGAGGGGAAAAGCACUCAAAAUGACUACCUUCUUUUGCGAAAACGAUAUCUUAGUGCGUGCAUAGAUUGCAUGGUGUUAUCGGGGGAGAUUAGCAUUUCGGAACACAGACUGUUGAUCAUGGACUUAUACAUGAGCAUGAUAAAGAGCAUUGCAAGAGAGGAAAUGAAGGAAUUACAUGCAAAACAAGCUCAAUUGGCUUGUGAAGUUGCCGAUCUAUCUAUUCUUCUUCCGAAAAGGCCUCAUCUCAAAGGCCAAGUACGAAUAUGCACCAUAAAUGUUGGAACAUUGAAUGAUAAGUUAUUGAAAUUGACAAAUACAUUAAGAAAAAGGAAAGUGGAUAUCGCAUGCAUACAAAAAACCAAGUGGAAGGGGGAGGAAGCUACACUCGAGUGUAACGGGUAUAACUUGUGGCAUGCAGGACUAGAGAACGCAAUAAACGGUGUAGGGAUCUUGAUAUCAACAAACCUCAAAGACAACGUAGUAGAAGUUAAAAGAUGCUGCGAUAGGAUCAUUGCGAUCAAGGUAGCAGUAGAGAGAAAGAUGGUGAACGUCGUCUGCGUAUACGCACCACAUGCCACGCUAGAAGAUUCGAUAAAGAGGAGUUUUUGGGAAUCAUUAGAUGAUAUAGUAAAAGGUAUACCUAUCAAUGAAUGUAUAUUCUUAGGGGGAGACUUCAAUGGACAUAUAGGAAAAAAGGCGGAUGGAUAUGAGACAGUGCACGGUGGUUUUGGAUUUGGUACUAGGAACGAUGAGGGACAUAGGUUACUAGAGUUUGCAACUGCACACGAUUUGGUGGUUGCAAACUCCUUUUAUAAAAAGAGGGAUGCGCAUUUGAUUACCUUUCACAAUGAGGGGUAUAAUAGUCAAAAUGACUACCUCCUUUUGCGAAAAUGGGACCGUAAGGCGUGUAUAGAUUGUAAGGCGUUACCGGGAGAGACGAGUGCUUCGCAACACAAGUUGUUGGUCAUGGACUUAUACAUGAGCAUGAGAAAGCGCAUUAAGAGAAACCCUAAUAGGAAAAAACACAAAAAAGAACAGUUGAAAAAGGGAAAGCUUCAUAACAAAAGAGGAAAAACAUUUCAAAAUGACCAAAUCGCCAAGAAAGCAAAGACCAGAUAAUCCCAACUAACAACCCAAACAUCAUUUCUGUUGAUGUAAUUAUGAUGUUAUAAUAGCAUUCGUGUUUGUAAUUUCUUGUGAAAUAUUGACCAAAAGUAGAGAAUGUCUUCUUUUGUUCUUUUUAUUUUAAUUUUACAUUUAUAAGGAUUAUUAAUGACAAA